AAAAAUUCUUUCUUCCCCCAUCAGCGACAACGAAAACGUUAAAAGAAUAUAACUUUAAACGAAUCAACUUCAACUAGAUACAGUUAGUUCUACAUCUACACUCAUAUACACAUAUACACAACCACAUACAACAUAUUCAAGAUGUCAAUGUUCAUAGGGAAUCUCGGUCAAUAUGGGGUUAUGGAAGUUGAUCAACGAAAGAUACAAUUAGCGCAAAUACAAUUUGAAGCUCAAGCAUCAACGUUUAAUAAGAUCUUAUCAUCAUGUCAAACCAAAUGCAUUAAACAUGAGUAUGCUGAAGGGGAUUUACAUACUGGUGAACAAAGUUGUAUUGAUCGUUGUGUAUCGAAAUAUGUUAAGGCUAAUCUAUUGGUUGGAGAAGAGUUUACUAAAAAUGGAUUGAAUCCAUAUAAUAUUAUGCCUGAUUAUGAAAAAGUGAAGACUAUGAUCAAACAAGGUGGUUCUGAAUAAGACUCUUUAAAGAAGAAUAAAACAUCAGUUCUAUACAACUAUGGAGCUGGAAAUAUAAGUAACACAUAUUUAUAUCUGUAAUGAUAAUGAUGCUUUUAAUGAUUAAUAGAAUUAAUUAAGUAUAUAGAAUUAAAAAAAGGACAAUUUGUACAUAGAUUUAAUGCAUAUUCAAUUCUGAAUCGU